AUGGAUGUGAUAAUGUGGAGAUAUUUGCUUCAGAAUUUUUGAGCAUCCAAGGGACUGAUGGAGAAAGUCAACAACCACUGUUCUUGGUUUACAAGGAUGCAUUCCCUUGCUUGAAAGAGCUAGAGUUAAGUGAAAUGUCCAGGUUGCUGCAUCUAUGGAUAGGAGAUUCUCAGCCCAGCAAUGCCUUUAAAAAUCUGAAGACUUUGAAAGUAUCUGGAUGUGGCAUUUUAGAAAAUUCAUGGUCAUCAACAGUGUCUUUCCAGAAUUUGGAGACUUUGCAAGUUUCAAAGUGUGAUGGACUGAGAUACUUACUGACCCCCUUAAAAGCUAAAACUCUGGAUCAACUUACAAGAAUAAACGUAUCUGAUUGCAAAAUGAUGGAGGAAAUUAUAACACAUUUGGGAGAUGAAGUACUGCAGGAUCCAAUUGUUUUCAACAGACUGGAUUGUUUGGAACUUCACUGUUUGUCCAGCCUUAAAAGCUUUUGUUGUGGGGAUUAUACUCUUGAAUUCCCAUCCUUGAAAAAAGUAAUUGUCAAACAAUGCUUGAAGAUGGAGACUUUUUGUCAUGAAGCUUUAAGCACACCAAAGCUACAAGAACUACGAUUGACAGAAGGAGAGAAUGAAGUUGAAGAAUGUUGGGAGGGCAGCCUUAAUUCCACUAUACAACAUUUGUUCAAAAACAAUACGAAUGCGCAGAGCUCCAAAGAAGAUUGAGGUCAUUUCUUCAAGUAGUUUGUGAUAUGCCACGAUUCCAUUUCCCCCAGGUGAAGAGAGACUUUAUUUCUGCCAUCUUAACUGAUAUCAUCUUCACAUUUGGUUGAAGGUGGAGCACCCUCUGUUUAUGCAUUUGUCCUGUUGUUUAUUCUUUAUUGGAUUUGUAUUAUGUAUUCCAAUUUCUCCAAGUUGCCAAACAUUUUUGGCAAACAAGAAGAUACGAUAUGCAGUUUGUUAAUUUCUGUUGAUGGAUUAUUUGCAAUUAUAUUAACUGAGCAAAAGCACUUGCU